AUCAAGCGGCCAAUGAACGCCUUCAUGCUGUACCGCAAGGGCUGGCAGAACCGAAUAAAAGAGAUGCAGUCCAACGAGAAUCACCAGGGCGUAUCCAGGGUUGCCGGCGACGGCUGGGCGCUAGAGCCCGAACAUAUCCGCAAUCAGUUCAACAAAUGGUCCGAGGUCGAGCGCGACAUGCACGCGCAGGCCUUCCCGAACUACAAGUUCAAGCCGCAGAAG